AUGGCUGCGGUCGCCUGCAUCGCGAGCGUCGUCGUCGGUGAUGAUGACGCAAAGCCCGGCGGGGAAUCACAUGCCCUCGCCUUUUGCGGCGUUUACGGCACCCGGCUUCAUGCAGACUUCGACCUCGCCAGCAGGGGCGCUUUCGGUGCCGGCGGCAGCCGGGGUGUGGCUUUCAUCAGCCGUCGACCUCGCCAUAGCAGGGGUGUUUUCGGUGCCAGGGCCACCCGUGGUGGGCUUUCCUCGCCAUCGACCUCGCCAAUGGCAAAUUCGGGGCCUUUCGGGCGGCGUUCAUUGGCCAUCGGGCUGGGCGGAGUGCAUCAGUGGGCAUCAGCAGCCGCCAGGGCCGUUCGGCAUUACAAUCACGACGACGCCGCAGUUGAUAUCAAAAAGCACCUCGACCCCUACGUGGACAAGCGCUACGAUGCGAAUGUGGCGCAGCUGCGGAAAGCAACUGCCACGACAGAUGCCAAGGCCAAGGCAGCCGCGGCGGAGGCCAAGCAAGCCUCCAAGCGCGUGCAAGAGCUCCUGAAGCAGAACGAGGACCUCCUUGCGAAGGCCAAAGACUUCAGCAAGGAGGCAGAGCUUUCGGUCAAGGACGCGGAGGCGAGCGACAAGAAGAUGGAGGAGGAGUUGGCCAAGGCGAAGGAGUACGCCAAGGUCGCAGAAGCGGGAGCCAAGGAGCUGGCCAAGAAGGCUGUGGACGAUCUGUUCAUGGGCAAGUAUCGCGAGUUGGAUGGCUGGCGCAAAGAG